ACGGCUGUGAUGGCGUGAUGGCGGGCAGUUCAGAUGAAGGAGACACUCGGGGAGACUACUUCCGUCCUCUCCCUCGCACGGAUGGAAGAACUGUGACCCCCAAAAUGCCCACUUUUACCUAUUUCGACGCCGGCUUUUUGCUGGUGUCUAUGGCGACGUUCGCGGUGGAUGUUGGGACAGAUUUAAACUUAGUAAUAAGAUACUUCCUCGAGGGUUCGGUAAUAUGGGCUGGCCUCACCCUGGCAUUGGUGCUGGUGCCAGCUGUUGUGGUAAUGAUCAUGUCCAUGAAGUGGCACUAUGUUGAGGCUGAGGCUGAGGCCGAGUACGCUGCAAACGAGGCUGAACAAACCUCUGACAGUGAGAAGAAACCAGUGAAGACCCCCUCUGUCUCCAAGUUAUGCUGGCUUGCUCACAUCUGCCUUUGGGGUAUUUUGCACAGGUACAUUCUCCUGUUUAAGUCUGGCAUAAGAGCACAGAGAACCAAAGACACUGAAGACUUCAGAGACAUGUACCGGCAGCAGAGUGAUGUGUGCAUGUUGCGUCUGUUUGAAUCCUUCCUGGAAUCGGCACCACAGCUCGUCCUGCAGCUAUAUAUCAUGAUGUCGCACCAUGAUUACAGUGCCUGGACAGCCAUUACUGCUUUGUCCUCAAUGGCCUCCCUUGGAUGGGGCAUUGCAGCCUAUACCAAAGCCAUGCGGAACACCCUGCCAGCCAAGCACAAGAUGACUGUAUCUGGGCUUGUUCUGCAGACCUUCUGGCGAAUGGGCAUGAUUGCUGCCAGGGUGGCUGCGCUUGCACUUGUUGCUACUGUCCUUAAUGAGUGGCUCCUUGUGAUCAUGGGUGCACACUUGUUGGUGAUGUUCAUCUGGGUUGUCAAGCAGAAGGCAGAGUAUGGGGUUUCAACUUUAGAGAAAAUGAUCUUCAACUUCAUUAUGGCUGUCAUCUGUUGCUUUUGCUUUUUCAACUUAAAGGAUGGAAGGUCUCGGUGGCGUAUGCUGGCCUUUUACACAGUCACAGUGGCAGAGAACACAGCAUUCACCCUCUACUAUUUCUUCAUGAGUGACCACCAGCAGGUCUUGCGGUUAGCUGCCCUUGGUCUGGUCUUUGGGGGCAUGGCUCUUGGUCUUCUUUGUUUAGUCAUAUACUACCGGUUCUUUCACCCUAUUGGACCCAUCAGGAUGUUCAUAAAAGAUGAGCCAGGUGAACUAGAAAAGGGGGGGAAGGAGGCAGACAAUAGCCACACACUAGAUUCCAAUGCUAACAGCACCUUCAGAGAAUCAACCAGAAGAAACAUUAAAUAUAUGUAUGCUACAGCAACACAAAAGACAGUCAAAUGCAUCCUGUCAGCCCCAGGAGUGAGCCUAGAGAGUUCCCCAGCAUCCUCUGCAUCACAGUCCUCAGCCUCCCCGCCUCUGGUGUCCCAUAUGCAGCGCCCUGUGGAGAUGAUGUGCUCUGUGCAAGAUCUUUUGGCCAAUGUGUCUUGCACCAGUGAGAUGCAAGUUGCUGAGGUGGUUGAGGAAGGCACUUCUCAGAGCCAGAGUGAGGUACCUGAGGAGAAGAAGAACUCUGAGGAGAGUCCAGUGGUAGUGGAAGCAAGUCCGAGCUCCCUGGAGAGGACAGUGACAAGGGAGUUGGAGUACCGGCUCUCUCAGUCUGAUUUCCGGAGUCUAUGCAGUGCAGGGGAGCAGAGUCCCGGCACAACAGAAACAAGUUUACCACAAGAGUCUAAUCAGCUGUGUAUCAAAAGUGUCAAUAGUGGUGCAGCUAUCGGUGAAUCAGUCCAUUCUAGUCCCAACAGUGUGGGUAUUCCCCAAAAAUCAAAAACAACAAGUCAGACAAGUGUCAGAAGUGGGUUGCUGUCAGGCAGUCAACACAGUGGCUCAAGUAUAUUAAGAACAAGUGUGAGAAAAAGAGAUGCAACAAACUCAGAGACUGAUGUGAGACUAACGUCACUACCUCACAUCACAACUAGUACAAUUAACCUUACCUCAAAGUCACAGGAAAUGGAGCUAGAUCAUAGUGAGGCUCAGCUCUCCAAGGCCCCUGUGCCCAAUGUAGAGCUUGCAGUUAUUGAUCGAAUGCACAUCAUUGAAAUGGAAUCUUCAGGAACCAGCUCAGAGAACCAGUCAGAUUACGAAAACAUAUAUGAGGGACAAGAUGCCAGGCGAAACCUACCUCCAAAGCCUGCUAACCUUGUCAUUGCACAGAAUCUUAAUGAAACACAGUCAACACAGGCCUCUGUGCCACAUGACUAUGAAAACAUCUGUGCCGUCAACAUUAACAGGGCAAUGUGGGGUCUUCGUCACUGGAAAACCUACUCAGACAUUGAGGACAGGAUUCAUGACGACAGUACAUAUAAGGAGAGACUUAAGGCAUUGGACAGCACUUUAAUGUCUAGUUUCCACUCUGACUAUAGUUCUGUCAGAGGUUUACAGGCAUUGAGAUCAAACAGUGUUAUUGAUGAUUCCGAGUCCGUUUUGUCAAGAUCACUGCCCGAUUUGAGCACCCUUCGCCUGGAAACCUGUCUGGAAGAGACUGAGGAAGAGGAGGAGGAGAGAGAAGCAGAAGGAGAAGGUGAUAAGGAAGUGAAGAAUGAGAUAGAAGCUGAUAAUAAGCAGGUCUCAGACGAAGCAAAGGAUGACAGCAGGCUCAUGGCAGUGCUGAAUCAGCUUCGAGCAAAUAAAGCCAUGAACAAAUCCAGCUCUGUGGACAACAUUCCCAAUUAUGAGACUAUUUGGGUUGGAGAUGUUGCAAAGCCAGACACCUCUAAUACGUCAUCACAGAUGAGUUCCCUCACAAGCAAGUCUUCCUUAGUAGUCACCAUUGGUGAUGUUCGGGCCAAGGAAUCUCUCUGCAAUCUGUAUUACUCCACAAUGUCUGACCUUUCAUUCAGAUAUUAUAGUGAGAGAAUGAGAAAGAACAGCUCUUCUGGUUCACUUGCUUCCAAGCGAAGCACACGUGAUACCUCAAGGGAAAUGAUGAGAGCCAUUUCAGUCCCAGACAACAAGACCUUAUUGGAGGUGAGUCAGCUGAUAGAGGAGCAAAAGAAGAGGGAAGAAGAGGAAGCCAAGCAGACCAGCAAUCAAGGAGGAGCCACAGCAGCUACGCCAUGCACACCUCGCCCAUUGAAGUUUGGCCCAGGAGCUACCCCAGUCCGGUCAGACCCAUCCAACAACAGACCAAGGAGAAAGUUCUCUAUGUUACGUGAAAGGUUUGAGAACCCCAACUGGACGCCUCUGCGUUCUCCCAUGAAAAGAGGUCCCUCAACCCAGAGAAGAAAUUCCUUCCAAGACAGGACUGCAAAGGCACUCCAGGCAGGCAUGAAGGUUUUCAGGAGGCCUCGAGUCCAUGUCAUUACACCAAAGAAAGGGGAGGACAAGAUGGACACUCCUCGUCUCAAGAGUCCUUUCAAAUCUAGGAAUGUAACACCUUCCAACACCUUGGGCUUGAAGACUGGUCCAGAACCCCUCAGCACAGAAACAGCUCUGAAGACGAGGUUGUUGGAAAGUGAGGGGGCAACAGCCAUCCAUAAAACUCCUCAUAUCAAGACUCCUGCUGACAACAGGCUCACCAAAAGAACACCAAAGACCAGCACUCCUGAAAACAAGCAACCCCUGGUCAAGAAGACCCCAGUUCCUAUUAAAGGAGCCAAGAAGUUGACUGAAGGCCCUAAGACAAGCACACCUGAAGGAAACAAGCAGCUACCCCAGAUAAGCAUCCUCAGUGCUGUGUCCAGUGUUGUGCCAUCACCAGAAAGUGUGCUUAAGUUCAACCUUUCUGACCAUCAACAAAGAAUCCCCUUGUCAGAAAAUGUCCACCAAAUACGCACGAGCUCCAAGUCCCUGGCCAUGCCAGCCAUAAAGGAAGCUGAAUACAUUCCAAGUGUUCUCUUGCCAAAACCAUUUUAUGGAUCACUUCAGUCAGGAGUUGCCCAUGGUAGCCAGGGUCUUGCACUGAAGCCUACCAGGAUUAUCACAAGUGACGAGAACAGCCAAGACAUCCGGAGUCGUCCCUCCAGCAGUGGUCUUGCUUCCUCUCAGAGUGUCCUUAGCCUGAAGGCAAAGCAGGCCUCCCCUCUGGCCGAUGGUGGUAGCAGGCUUAACCAAAACCAGGCUAUGUUCUCAGGCAUCCUGGGUCUGCCUCCCUACCAGCAAGAGCCCUGCAGGCCAGCCAUCAUUAGUGUGACGGAGAGCACUGAAAACCCCAGCGGCCAGCAAAACAUUUCAAUCAGCCGCAUUGUGCUAUCCUCCCCACAAUCACCCAAUUUCAACAUGCAAAAGUCAACCUUAUCACCAACUUCAAAGAUAUUUUCUAGAAGAAUAUAAAAGGUUUCAGGUCCAUAGCAGUUGAUACAGUAUUUAAUGAUUUUGCUUUUAUUUAUUUUUUCCUCAAGAGGAUAUUCAGACACGUAAUGAGAUACACAUUAUUUCACUUAUGAUGUGUUGCUAUAUUCAUAAUGUUCAUGUUUCUUAAAUGCUAACUUAGGGGUAAUAAUUGAUAGGCUAGAGAUGUAUAUAGAAACUGACAUAGAACAUUUAAGUUGCAGCAACUACCUUCAUUCACAAUUUUCUUUUUUUCAUAUUUCAUUGUUGAUGUUAAACUUGCAUGUUGAAGAGAUAAUUAUUAUGAUUUUUCUUCUUGAAAAACUAAUUAAUUCUUAUAUCUGCUAUAAUUUUUUUGGAAUAAGAAAGCAACAUGGAAAUAUUACCAUUAUUUUAGAAGUAUAUACAUCUUUUGUGUUUCAUAAAGAUUUUUUGUUUUUGGAGGCUGUACUUUUUUUAGUCUUUACUGGCCUUAACCUUUGUUGUAUCAAUGUCGGCACACAUUCCUUAACUCUUAAGGUAUCUUCAUAAACUCAUUGCAUUUAAUCCCACAGAUUCCUUUUACUCAUUUUAAUGCAUGUGUGAUUGGUACUUCAUCCUUUGAAUAUCAUUGUGUUUGUCACCAUACAUUUAGUUAACAAUGAUGAAAGACAACAAAGCUUUAGCGACAUAUGUACUGGUAAUUCAUCAUCAUAAGUUUGUAUGCCUGUAUGCAUAAUUUCCCCCAUAACCUUUCCUUCUCUCCCCUUUUUUUGGCUCUUUGUAUAUAAAUGACCUGAUUACCAAAAAAUUAAAGGGGAAGGGAAACAGUAUAAAGAGGAUAAUGUAUGGUUUACUCUCCCCUUAAGUUCUCAUAACCAUAUAAUGUUUGUUUGUUUUUUCUCUCUCUCAAAUAAUAACUUGAGAGAUGGUACCAAACUCAACAGAACCAAAGUGAAUGAAAGAGUUGGAAAAAAUGGUUUCAGCAUUGACAUUCCAUAAUGCUGUGUGUUUGUUGCCCUGUGGAAUAUGAUGGUGUAUAGUGUGUUCUGAAAGUGGAAGCGAGACUCUGUAAAUUGUAGAAUGACUGGGUGUACAUGUCAAAAGUCAUUUUUAUAUAUUGUGAUAUUAUAUUCCAAAUAUAUUUACAUAUAUUUACUUAUUAAAA